AUGGGCAACCCCAUCCCCGUCAACCUCGAGCAGGAAUGCCGCAAAGCCACCAAGAUCCUCAACGAAUUCGUCGACCCGGUCAACGGCCUCGACAAGAUCGUCCCCAUCAGCGUCCUCUCCAAAGCCAAAGGUUUUGCCAUCUUCACCGUCUUUCGCAUCGGCUUCCUCCUCUCCGCCCGCGCCGGCUCUGGCGUCGUAGUGGCCAAAGCUGACGAUGGUCGGUGGUCCGCCCCUGCUGCGAUUGGCAUCGGCGGUCUCGGUGGCGGCUUCAAUGCCGGUGCUGAAGUGACUGAUUUCCUCAUUGUUCUCAACUCGAAAUCGGCCGUUCGAUCGUUUAUGGCCACGGGCUCGCUGCAGCUUGGUGGCAACAUGUCGGUCGCCGUCGGCCCGCUGGGCAGGUCUGCAGAGGCAAGUGGGAGCGUCAACACUAAGGGUCGGGUCGCUGCGAUGUUCUCGUACUCCAAGUCGAAAGGUCUGUACGGAGGCAUCUCGGUGGAGGGCACAGUGCUGGUCAACCGCGAGGACGCCAACGUCAAAGCGUACGGUCAGUAUGCCAAAAACCCCAAGCAGAUCCUCUCUGGUGCCGUCGAUCGACCGCCCUGGGCCUCCGGGCUCGUUCAGACCAUCGAACGCUUCACACUCGCCAACACGCCCAGCAAGGACCUCGACGGCGAGUACUUCAACUACGACGACACGAGCAGCUUUCACGGCCGCGGAUACGGCGGGAGUGGCGGAGGCCGAGGCGAGGAGAGCUACGAUACGGUGGACAGUCGCGAUCUCGAGAAGCUUUCGCGGCCUGGUGGGCAACGUCGAUCAUCACGCAGCAGCCAGCUGGAGGACCUCCCUGAUCGCUUUGACGACAUUGGCCUCCGAGACCGGGACCGCGAUCGCGAUUCGUUCGAGGACCGAGACCGCCGUCGCAAGGACGACGACUAUGACAACCGCUCCCACGGCACCUACGGCUUUGGCACAUCAGCCGGGAUCAGCAACACGCCUCCUCGUGCCAGCUCGGCUGCCUCGCAACGCAUGUCGGCCAUCCGCACGCGCUCCGGUAGCAUCGCCUCCAACCUCAGCUUUGGCAGCAAGAAGAAGCUCGAUCGUUCCGGCCCCACGCCGCCGCCGGACUGGGAUGCGAUCCCAGGUCAAAGUAAUGGUGGCGCGUGGGGCAAGUCGAAUAACAUGGACAUGAUGGACUCGCUCGACCGCGAGCUCCAGGGUGGCAGCCCGUCGGCGACGCGCAAGUCCAGCUACGGCCCCUCAGGCAGCGGCCACAACGGCGAUGAUCGGGCCCGGAGUGGAAGCCUGAGCAACACACGGGGAAGCUCCAACACCCCCGCUGGCUGGUCCCAGUUCAGUUCGGAUGCUCACGAUGACCUCUUUGGUGACAAGACUCAACAGACCAGGGAUCCGUUCGAGGACCUCGCGUCCACGAGCCCCUAUGGGAGCGGCAGCAGCAACGGUCACUCUCGCACCAAGUCCGCGUACGAUGGUGCCGCCCCGCCUCCAUCCAAGACCGGAUCCAGGUUCGGCCGCUUCCGCACCCCUAGCCCGGGUAGCAGCGCCUUUGGAAGGAAGAAGACUCCAACCAUUCCGGAGGACGACACGAACGGCUACGGCGAUCGGCAGAACGUCUCGCUUAUCAGCCCGUCGGCGCUGGAUGAGUACCGGAACGGCGAUAGUAGGGUUAGGAAGGACAGCUUUUCGCUGGCGAGCGAGAAUGCCAGCGUGCCCGUGAUCGAGCGGGUCAUUGCGCUGUACGACUUCGAGGCGCAGGAGGAGGGCGAUUUGGGCUUCCAGAAGGGCCAGGUGAUUGCCGUGACGAAGAAGACCGAUAGCACGGACGAUUGGUGGCAGGGGCGGGUCGAGGCCGGAGUCAGCUCCAGCAAGACAGGAAUCUUUCCAAGAAAUUACACGGCCCCUCUCUGA